AUGGACAUUCUGGACGAAAAAGUAAACGGGGGUCCUUCAAUGGAAAUAAUAGAUGAAUUGGUGUCUGUGCGAGACCACGAGGCUUUUGCCGCCAAACACAUGCCAGACUUGGGGCAUGACGUGAAGGACUUCAAGGUGUACACUUGGAGACUCUCCAACUGGAAGAAACUGGAAAAGAAAUUGACCAGUCCAGACUUCGAAUGUGGCGGGCACAGAUGGCGCAUACUACUUUUUCCUUUCGGCAACUCGAACGCACCUCCUAACGAUACCGUCUCCGUAUAUCUAGACUAUGCGGACCCAAAGAAAGCGCCGGAAGGUUGGCACGCAUGUGCUCAAUUUGCAUUGGUAAUAUCCAAUGUCCAUGAUCCUACUAUCUAUACCGUCAGCCAUGCACACCAUCGAUUUAUUGCUGAAGAGUGUGAUUGGGGUUUUACUCGUUUCAGCGAAUUGCGCAAGCUCUUCAACGUACAAGAAGGUCACCCUCGCCCGACGAUCGAAGACGAGUCGGCAGAUGUUACUGUAUAUGUUCGUGUUCUGGAUGAUCCAACUGGUGUUCUCUGGCAUAAUUUUGUCAACUAUGACUCAAAGAAGGAGACAGGAUAUGUAGGUUUGAAAAACCAGGGCGCUACGUGUUACAUGAAUUCUCUCCUUCAAUCUUUGUUCUGUACACGUUACUUCAGAAAGGCUGUGUACCAAAUCCCUACAGAAGAAGAACAUCCUACAGAGAGCGUAGCUCUUGCUCUACAACGAGUCUUUUAUCACCUACAAACAUCUGAUCAGCCCGUAGGGACGACAGAAUUAACUAAAUCUUUUGGCUGGAAAUCUCUUGACUCAUUCCUUCAGCAUGAUGUACAAGAGUUCAACCGAGUGCUUCAGGAUAAGUUGGAAUCCAAGAUGAAAGGUACCAAAGCGGAAGGUGCAAUCGCAAAACUCUUUGUUGGAAAAAUGAAGAGCUACAUCAAAUGUGUUAACGUCGAUUACGAAUCAUCUCGAAUCGAGGAGUUCAAUGACAUCCAGUUGAAUGUCAAGGGAAUGAGAAACCUAUACGAAUCUUUCAAAGACUACGUAGCUGUGGAAACUCUUGAAGGUGAAAAUAAAUAUCAAGCAGAAGGGUUUGGUCUCCAAGAUGCAAAGAAGGGCAUAAUAUUCCAGUCGUUCCCACCGGUCUUGCACUUGCAACUGAAGAGGUUCGAGUACGAUAUACAGCGUGACGCGAUGGUCAAGAUCAACGAUCGUCAUGAAUUCCCCUUCGAAAUCGACCUAGGCGAGUUUUUGGAUGAGAACGCAGACAAGUCAAAACCAUGGGUGUACAGGUUACACGGUGUCCUUGUCCACUCUGGAGAUCUUCAUGGCGGUCAUUACUUCGCUCUCAUCAAACCGGAUCGCGAAACAAGAUGGCUUAAAUUCGACGACGAUCGUGUUACCCCUGUGACUGAUCGCGAAGUCUUGGAAGAGAACUAUGGCGGUGAAGCACUGAAUGGCAUCCCUCCUCCUAUGCAACGCAAUCAAGUGCGCGCAAUGAAGAGGUUUACAAACGCAUAUAUGUUGGUGUAUGUCCGAGAUUCGGGGAUUGAUGAGGUUUUGGCGCCGUUUAAGGAAGAGGAUACCCCACCCCACCUGAAACGACGACUAGAUGAGGAGCGCCUUCAAAUCGAAGCCAAGAAGAGGGAACGAGAAGAGCAACAUCUUUUCUUGACUGCCAAGGUUAUCACAGACGACACCUUUGCUCGACACGAAGGUUUUGAUUUGGCAACGUUUGAUGAGAAGAACUGGCCACCAUCUGAACUUCCAAGCUUCCGCGUGCUCAAACAGGAGACGUAUAACACAUUCAAGAGCCGUGUCGCUCAACAUUUCAACUUUGCAGAAAAUAAGGUUCGAUUAUGGGUAUUAGUGAAUCGGCAAAACAAGACCGUUCGCCCAGACACGCCUAUUCCUGAGAACGAACCCACACUAACUGUUGAAAUUAUUCGGAACAACAUGGCUGCAAGACAGAAUGAUCUACGCUUGUACCUUGACGUGAUACCUGAUCCUAGCAAGCCUGAGCCUCCUGCCGGUUCCAUUAUGAUUUUCGUGAAGCAUUUCGACACUUCAAAACAGACCUUGUUUGGUAUUGGAAAGGUAUACGUUCAACGCAACAGCAAAGUUGUUGAUCUUCAUCCCGUUAUCAACGAACGCAUGCGCUGGACACCUGGCACGCCUCUCAAGCUGUACGAGGAAAUUAAACCUGGCAUGAUCGAGUUGAUGAAGCCAAAGCUCACCUUCGCACAGAGCGAGAUACAAGAUGGAGACGUCAUAUGUUUCCAGGUAGAACAUUCGGAAAAAGAAAUCCAUGAUCUGGAUAGCCAAGGGUUGUACUCUAACCCUACACAAUUCUACGAUUUCCUCCAAAAUCGAGUCAUGAUUGUAUUCCGACCGAAGUUUGAGGAGCCAGAUCACGAUCAUCCCGAGUUCAGUCUCAUUCUGAGCAAGAAACACAAUUAUGAUAUUAUGUCGCAAAAAGCUGGUGAAUUCCUGAGACACGACCCAAUCAAGCUACGCUUCACCACCACGCAUGCUACGAACGGUGCUCCCAAGUCUGUUCUCAAGCGCUCUUUGAACCAAAGUAUAGCAGAAAUCAUGGUGCCAAGUUACAUCAACCCAACCACGACGGUUAUCUUGUACGAGAAAUUGGAUGUUAGUAUUGUCGAACUAGAGACGAAACGAAGCUUGAAGAUCACCUGGACUGGUAUUCACAAUAAGGAAGAAGCAUCGUACCCCUUCCUCCUGCCCAAGACAAGCAUGAUACAUGACCUUGCGGAUCAUCUUGCCAAGCACGUAACAUUGACCUCUGGUGGCACGGGUAAGAUUCGGGUGUUCGAGGUGUCGAAAGAUGGCAAAACGCAGAAAGAGUUUACUGGCUCAGAAAUGAUCGGAAACAUCCCAGACCCUGUGGAGCUAUACGCGGAGGAAAUACCCCGUGAGGAGCUUGAGGCUGAUGACGCAGACAAAGUCAUUAGUGUCUUCCACUUCUCGAAAGAGGUAUCUCGAACACACGGUGUUCCUUUCAGAUUUGUUGUCAAACCUGGCGAGAAAUUUGCGGAUACAAAGAAACGCUUACAAGCACGAAUAGGCGUAUCAGAUAAAGAUCUGACCAAAUAUCGAUUUGCUCUCAUACAAGUUGCUACCUUCAAGCAACCAUCGUAUAUUGAAGAUGAGGAUACUAUAUACGAUCACAAAUUCGCUCCAGAAGAUGUCUUAGGUUUAGACCAUGUCGACAAGUCAGGGAAGACUCGGACGGGUGCAGGAGAGAAAGCUAUCGUUAUCAGAGGUUAACACUUUGUGAUGGCAGCGUCUUCACCCGCUUGUCUUGGUCCUCGAUGGCAGAUUUCUGUGGUUUUCGUCUCAUUGUUUUCACCCAUUGUACUAUUCUGUCUCAAUUUAUACAAUUUUCUCUCAUUA